UUGACAACAGCUCAGCAGGCGAGACUGCGGAAAAACUGUGGGACAAGUGUCUUUUGUAACUUCUUCCCGCUUCCUUCCUUCCAUCCUCCCCCCACCUGCAUGACUGCGUGAAGACAAAAGCGAAUCAGUUAUGGAGAGCUCCGUUAAGGGAUCCCUGGCUGGUGGCACAUCAAAACCCAAGCCAGCUCUGGCCCCCAAACCUCUGCUCACUCCCAAGCCCUUCUCUCUGCAGAAGAACUCCACCAUUCGCUCCAUCUAUGCCCCAAGGGUGGUCUUUGCAGCCUCUAAGACAACAAAAGAGCAGGCUGAAAAAUAUGAGGCCGGAGGUGUCCCAAAACCGACUUUGACCCCCCCGGCUCAGCAACCCCCCAAACAACCCACCACCUCUGAUUCCAAACCCAGCUCUGUAAGUGCUGCCGCCAAACAUCAGUCAAAAACAACCAAAGACAGUAAAGCACAUGGAGAGAAUAUUCUUGAUUCUAGUGUCAGAAAGUCUGAGCCAGCCGCACAAACCGCCCCACCCAAAGAGACACCAACGGCCGAGCCAAUCCAGAAAGUCAGUGCCAUCCAAACAAACCACAAAGCACCCGUAGAUAUCGUAGCUAACCCAGAACAGAAAGACAGAAAAACUAAAGAAGAUGAAACAAACAACACUUCUGUCGUCCAAAAGCUUGAAGAAACAGGAAGUGAGUUCUCCACAGCCAAUCCAGCAAACAGAUGGAGCGGCACCAGGAAGCGCCUGCCCGCAGAGCUCACCUCGAAGUUUGAGUCCAGUGGCCUACCUCUGCCCCCCCAGCCAAGUAUAACCAGCUAUACAACCAGCGCCAAAGACAACACAAACAAGCCAGAGUCCUCAGAUCCAGAGCAAAGCCAGACCACAGCCGAGCCGUCAAACAGAGAGUGUGAUGCAGGUGGAAUGAAGGAGGAUUUCGGUGAAGGAGGCAGCAUAAAACGCAGAAUCAGUCUUCUGUUUGACUCAUCAUCGAGGCCAGAGGUCAUAACAAAGAGAGAGGAGCCAGAAGUGAUAAAUGGUACAGGAGGUGUAAAAGAGAAAAUCAAAAACUGGGUCACGGAAAAGGGUCCGAAGACCGAGAAGAAGCCUCAGGUUGUGCCCCGAAUGCGCUCUAAGAGCUUUGAGCCAGCGACUGCUCCAACAGUGGAGAAAACACCCAAAAGGCCACCUGUUGAACCUCCUGCAACCGGGACAUCGUCCAGUCAGGCGGUAGAUCCUCCUUCAAAGGUCUCAGCUGCUGAACAACCCACAGAGACCCCAAUGGAAACAUGUAAAGAUGCUCUUACAGGAGAUACGUCAUUGGAAAUCUCAAGAGAGACUCCAGGAGCGCAUAUACAGAUCAAGUCAACAGAGGGUGAUGUCCCACUACACAAUCACAUCCCAUCUAUGAGCCACACUGCCACUGAUAAGGAAGACGUAGCUUCGAGUGAAAUUGCUCAGCAUGCUCCAAAGAGGGACAAUGUCAAACGGCGCUCUGUUCGCUUUGGUGUUGUGGAGAGAGAUGAUGGUGCUCCUCCUAUCAUCCUGGGCUCACCGUCUGAUUCCAGCACAGAAGAAGAAGACAACGCUUCUGAGGAUGAAGCUGAGGAGGCCAUCUCUGUUUCAGUGCCUGUCUACAGAAGAGUUCUUCAGAAGAAGGACGAUGAGGCGCAAGAGCAAGAGAAACGACUGAAACAUUUGGAAUUUGAAAAAAGGAGAACAGAGCAGAUUGAACAGGCGAAAGUUCAGUUAGAAGAGGAGCGGAAACGAAAAGAAGAAGAAGAAGAAGAAAGGGAGAAAGAAAAGGCCAGGAAGAAAGAAGAGGAGGACAGGGAAAGCGAGAGGCUGCAGGAGGAAGAAAUGGAGAGGCAGAGGAAGGAGGAAUGUGAGAGAGAACGGUUGAAAGAAGAGGAGAGGGAAAGAGAAAGGCUAAGAGAAGAAGAGAUGGAGAGAGAAAGACGGAUGGAGUUGAUGCGGCAGAGGCAGAGAGAAGAGGAAAGAGAGAGGGCGAAACAGAAAGAGGAGAGACUUAAACAAGAUCUGGAGGAGAGGGAAAAAGAGAAAUUAAAGAAGAAGGAGGAGGAGAGGAAAGAGGAGAGACUGAGAGAGGAAAGAGAAAGACAGAGGCUGAGAGAAGAGGAGAAGACAUCGAGUCAGGGGCAGGCGGAGUGCAGAGUGGAGGGAAAACUGGGAGAAGCAGGAAUGAAUAAAGAGGAGCAAAAAGAGGAGGAGUGUGGAAAAAAGUGGGUGAACAAGACAGAUAGGUUGAGAGGAGAAGAAGAAGAGAGGGAAAAGGAGAAAGAGUUGGAGUUGAUGUGGCAGAGAAAGAAAGAGGAGGACGGGGAAAGGGCAAGACAGAAAGAGGAGAGACUCAGGCAAGAGGAGAGUGAGAAAGAAAGAUUAAGAGAGGAGGCAGAGGAAAGAGAAAAGGAGAGGCAAAAGAGGCUGGAAGAGCAGCAGAAAAAAGAAGAAGAAAUGGAGAGAAUGAGGAAACUGGAGAAACAGAGGGAGGAGGAGAGGAGAGAAGAGGAAAGGAGGAGGCAGAAAGAACGAGAAAGAGUGGAAGAGCUUGAGAGAAAACUGCAAGAGGAAAGAAAGCGAGCCCAAGAACUGGAAGAGGAGAGACUCAGACAAGAGGAGAGGGAGAAAGAAAGAUUAAGAGAGGAGGCAGAGGAAAGAGAAAAGGAGAGGCAAAAGAGGAUGCAAGAGCAGCAGAAAAAAGAAGAAGAGAUGGAGAGAAUGAGGAAACUGGAGAAACAGAGGGAGGAGGAGAGGAGAGAAGAGGAAAGGAAGAGGCAGAAAGAACGAGAAAGAGUGGAAGAGCUUGAGAGAAAACUGCAAGAGGAAAGAAAGCGAGCCCAAGAACUGGAAGAAAAGCUGAGAAUGGAGGAAGAGAGAAAAAGGGAUGGGCUGACCAGUAGGGAACCAGAGAGUGUGGUGCACGAAGCAGAGCCAAAUUUAAUCAGCUUUGACUCUGAAGAUGUGCCUCUGAAGUCAGAGUCACUAUAUCCCCCCCUAGCAAAAACCCAUGAGUCCACAGAGAGUCAAAUCGAAGUCCUUUAUGACGACUUCUCCGUCAGGCCGCCUCUGAUCGAUGUGGAUUUUGACGAUUUUUCAGUCAAACCAUUGAGAUGGGGCUCACAGGCUAAAGUACAAAUUACUCCAGUCAUUCAGAGUGGGGUAGCUGACCCUGUGAAAAAAGAGGAAAUGGAAGUGCUGGUGCCUGUGGAUGUCAGCCGCUGGGAAAAUAAAGUGCCAGAGCAGGUGAAAAAAACAGACAGCCCAGAGCCCAUUUUAGCCCAGGAAAGUCCAGAGGAGGAGGAGGAGGAAAGGCCGGAGGACCAACAGCUCAUCUCCAUCGAGGUGGAGGAAGAGGAGAUGGAGACGGAGAGGGAGGAAGAGGAGGAGACACAGGAGGAUGAAGUCAAAGAAGAAACGAAACAGGCACAGGUUAACAGUUAUUGCACAAACGAUGAAAACAAAGACACUGUUGCCUUGAUUGACGACGAGCCAGGCCAGCAGAAUGAGGCCUGUGAACGGACAUCUGGAAGUGACAGUCCAAAGCCCGUCCCUGACCAAGUUCCUGAAGGCUCCUCUGAAGACCUUGAUACCACUGACCUUCACUGGGAGGAAGAAAUUGCUCCAUUCCCUGAGAGCUCCACCCCUCUCCUCGACACCAGCGCACAGAAACUAAAGGCAGAUCUGGGUAAGAGGCGAAUUCGGACGCGUCCAUCGCGUUCCUUUCGUGCAGGUCUGUGUCCAACGGAAAGCCCGGACUGGAGGACCCAUGACUCCACAGUGUUUUUAGAUAAAACGGAGGCAUCUACAAAGCAAAGGGAGUCAGACUCUGAGGAGGAGCAGCCUAAACCGAAGAUAGUCUGUUCUCCGCCUCCCACCACUCAGAGAGUCCCCAUGUUCCCAGGUUUGAGCCCUGCAGCCUUGAUUGCUCAGUUAAAAAGGAGAACAGGUGGAGGAGGAGCUGGUGGAGGAGAGGAAAUGGAAGAAGACAAGGCAAGACGAGAGGAGGAAAGUCAAAAGGAGGAAGUGGCACCAUCUCCCACCCAGCUGCCCCGCUCUCCUCGCGCCCCCGCUCAUCUUGCUGGGGCUGCACUAGUGCUGCCACCCUUAGGCGGCACGGAUGGAGGUGCCGUUUCCUCUCCCGCUUGGCUGAAAGAACUGAAGUCUAAGAAGCGUCUGAGUCAGUAUGACAGCGAGACUUAGCCUGACACAGCCUUUAGAAGACACUGUGCCGUUGCUGUUCAGCAAGAAUCGAUCCAUCCAGCUGCUGCAGCUGAGAGACACCUUGCCAUGAUUACUCCAUUUUACACUUUGAGUGCCUUAUUUUGGACCUUUACUGAGAUAUUCAGGAGAGGAAAUCUGGCUUCUGCUGAACAUAGAGGCCAUCAAGAACUUGUCCAUCUUGUAAAUGGAAUAUGGUGCCAAGGAUAUGUGCCAAGACUGAUGUGUUAAUGCCAACUACAUGUUUAAUCUACUGUUGUACAGCAGCUCAAUGGAUACCACAAUGUAAUUUAGAGCAAAUCCAUGGACUGUCUUAUGUUGACAAGUGUAAGUCCAUCAUAUACUGACAGGGAAUGAUGACACUUCAGGGUAUCUACCUACCUACACACACACACACACACACACACACACACACACACACACACAUACACAUAAAUGUACAGAAAACACUGAAUAUAAAUAAUCGAUUGCACCGUGUGUAUUUAGUUUGAAUUGUACAAAAGGCCUUUUAUAUUACCUUUCCAAUGACAGAUCAUCCCAAGUAAGCCUUUAAGCACUUUAAGAAAAAGUAGAAGAAAUCACCAUCCAUUUAGUACAUCUAAGCAAUAAAAUAAUCAGGAACCUACCUGUAGUAACAUGA